UCCAUGUUGGAAUUGUUUGGGUACACUCUUGGUCAUCAAUGAACAACAACGAAGUGGGCCCCAUAUUACUGAUUCUUUCGUGUGUAUGAAUGAAACUGAAACUGAAACUGAAACGAAAACAAACACCUUCUCUCCUCACUUGCAUUCAAUGUACUCAUUUUCCAACCAUCAAGCGCGUCCAAACCAAACCUCAUAUCCAUAUCUUCAUUCUUUCACUUUCACCGUUUGUGUUGGUUUGGUUUAUAGUUAGUUUUCCUUUUUCAUUAUUAUUAUUUUCUCUCUAUCAAAUACAGUUGCAUUGCACCUUUUAAUUGAAAUUAUUUUAAUUAUAAAAAAACUCUACUAGUAUUUUGGAACUUAGUAAUCCGUAUUAUAUAUAGUAUUUUCUUGCGGUGGUUGUUUUCUUGUUUGCUUAAAUGAUCUUUGUUUCCCAUGUGAUCAUUUUGUUUUCUUUCUUCAACUUUCCCUUUCUCCAUUUUCGGUUUAUUUUCUCUCCUCUUUCCUUUGCUUUUGGCUUCAAAAAAACCUCCAAUUUUUAGGAUUUUUAGUUUCAGCUACUACUUCUCUUCGGCUUCUUGGUGCCUUUGUACUCACUUUGUUGAGGUUCUCUUUGCUCUUCCCAGAUCCAGCUCCACCUUAAUUAAUCCGACUACAGUUGUAGGACAAUGAUGUUGAGAGAAGGUUGUAAUCAUUAAUCCUGAACAGUAGAGGUAGAAGAUGGAAAAUGUAAGCUUAUGGAUUCAAAAAGAAGGCCAAUGGAAAAAAGAUUCAUUGCUAGACUUAUGCAGCAGUGAUAAGGAAUUAUCAGAUGAAGACUCUUCAAAGUCACAUCUAAAGAAGUUGAUUAAAAGGUCAAACUCUCAUUCAUCAAUACCUGUAAAUGCCAUCCAAUCACAAAUCAGUAGAGUUUUAUUCAAGGGUUUAUCUUUUCGAAAUGUCCAUGGACUCGACAAUAGGAUUCCAAAGCAUAUGGUGAGUGUGGACGAGAAAUAUCUUCGUCGCUGCCUCGAAUUGGUACAUAACUGUGCAGUUAAAGCAGCUAAGUGGAACAUGCCUAUGAGCUUAAGAGCAACAAACAUGGCAGUUUUAUCAGAAAGCUUCAAUACAGGUAAAUCUUUCGACGGAAACAUACAUGAUCCGCAACAUUUUGUCUUUGAUUGUCCAGUGGCCGCUGAGACCCGCAGAGUAGUUAUAAGUACGGAUAAUGGAGAAGAAUGGAGUUUAGGUACAGUUAUGGGAAGCAAGAGUAUGGUAAACAUAUUGAAUAGUGCUUUGCUUCAGAAAUUUGGUGCUUCGGAUCGUAAUGACAAUUUGAACAGGAUGGAUUUCUCUGAUGCUAAAGGAUUGGUAUGUUAUGAUUUUAUGGACUCUUCUAGCGGUCUAAGUAUCUCUUCGUCGUACAAACAUGAAAAGGAAACCCCGUUGGCGCGGAAUCAUAAGUAUGGAUCCAUUCCUGUUCAUAAAAGGCUUGCUUCCACUUCUAGCGCCACCUCUACUUGUUCUGACUGGAUGUCUUCAACUUCAACUUUGUCUCAGGGAAUGAUUCAUUCUACAUGGAAUCAAGGGAUUCCUCGUUUUGUUUUUUCCUCCGACGAUCAGAAAGAGGUCUAUGUAGCAAAACUGAGGAAGGUAGAGUCACCAGACGAUAAGGCUUUGGACUAUGUGUAUCAGUUUCACAUAAACAAGGGUGGUCAAAAGGGUCGUGAUCGUGAGAUUCCUAAUGAUGAUUUGCCGCUUGUUGGAAAGAUGAAUGUAUCAACAAGUUUCACCCUCUGCCAGAAUAAUUGUAAAAUAAUGGAGACGGAGUUCACGUUAUUCCAUAACAUUGAAGUUUAUGACAAAGAAAUGCACACAUCAGAGUAUUCUCCCAUGGAGAACAAAGGGCUAAAGAAAAAGGUUUCACAAGUUUUCAGAACUAAUCCAUCAUCGAAACACAAAACACUCUCAAAAUCAGGCGGACCGAGUGCCGUAGCUGAGAGUUGUCCAUGGGAUCCACAUGCUCACGGUGGAAUCAAUUUAUUAGACACUAACGUUCCUCCUCCGAAUUUCGAGAUGGCUGCCGUUGUUGUAAAAGACCAUGUUCCUUGUAAUAGACCAGAAAAAAUAGGAGGUUGGGGAUUAAAAUUUCUCAACAAAUCUGAAGUAAAUAAAAGCGCAUUGCCUUUUGAAAGUUGUAAUAAUCAAAAUAACGCUGACUGCUCAUCUAGCAUGAGCAUUCUGAUUCCAGCAGGCCCUCAUGGCGGGCCUAGAACCAGAAACGGUGGUCCAUCCAGUCUGGUAGAUAGAUGGAGAUCUGGCGGUCACUGCGAUUGUGGUGGUUGGGAUGACGGAUGUCCAUUGACAGUACUUCACAAAAGAUCUAGCAAAGCCGAGGUUCUGUCUCAAGUAGAUGCGAAAGGCGAAUGCAAGUCGGUUGAUUUAGUUACUCAGGGUUCAAAUGAUAGCAGUGCCACAUUAAGGAUGGUAAAUGUUCACGAUGGUCUAUAUUAUACUCAUUUCCACCCACCUCUCUCUGCAUUACAGUCUUUCUCCAUUGCCGUGGCUAUAAUUCAUAUGCAAAGUCCUACUCUUCGGCCGAACAGUGCACAGGAGCUGUCAUAAUAAUACAAGUAAAACGUUGAGUUUAUUUACAACCACAAUUCUCUUACUGUAUUAUAAAUGCAAUUCGAGAGAAGAUUCUUGUUUUUAAUUAUUAUAUAAGUGAUUCAGGUUUUGUUCCUAUGUUUAGGGUUGUUAUUUUUCAUACCGUCAGAUGUUAUCUUAUUUAGGAGAACUAGCUAUGUUUGUCUUUUCUGACAAUUCGUAGACAAGAUCAAUUGUAACGAUCUUUUUCCUCAUUCUUUUUUUGUUGAAGAGGAUAGAAUGUAAAAGGGCUUGAUGGAGAUAAUUUAGUAAAUUGUAGCAUUGAUAUUAUGUUUUGUCAUACAUAUUUGUUGAUGAGAAGUGGAAUUAGCACCUAAUUAUUUUAUUUGAAGAUAGCUAUUCAAACUUUA